ACUAUGGCCCUCGAGGCUCUUAGAAAAUUAUCAUUGGAUUUGAAUACUCUGCUCCAAGCCUUUAUUACAAGACCUUGUCAUCUUGGUGCUCCUAUAGAUAGCAAUAAUGUCUACGCGCGCCAAGGCUGUUGUCUUGCCCUGGGGUAAGAGUCACGUGGUGAGUUCAGGCUUGUGGGUGGACGUGGCAUGGAAGACUCCACUGUAAGAUGCCAUAACCUCCAGUCCUAGAGGCUUCCCUAUCAACAUUUAAAUGCAAAAUUACAGUCUUAAAAACUUGAUAGAUAGCUAAACUCAGCAAGUCUUUACCGAGCGGGGAAAUCGAUUGAUGUAUUCUAACCCCACUAACAUAUCUUAAAUCUGCUACGCCACCUCGUUACCCCUCUAGUUCUGAUCGGACUCAUUUUCGCGGAGAGAUAUAGUCAGAAUACUGCCCACAUCACCUCUCGUGUUAUAGUUAGCCCUUAUACUUAUUUCUCGAUAUAAUACAUACUUAACUACCUGGCCCGGUUUGAAGAAACUAGUAUUUUAUACUCAAGUCAUGACAACAAGCGCGCAGGCACUCAGGGACCACCAGACCCCUAAAAAGAGACCUGUGAGGGACGACUUGUCCGACUUCGAAACUCCGCUAUUAUGUGAAUACAAUCAAGAGAAUAUUGUAAUACCUGAUUUCGACCUACCGCAGAAUUUGAUCACAGAAAAGGUUCUGAUAGCAGCAGCUGGGAACGUGGAACACGGGCGAGAUGUAAUGGAAAUUUUGCUGGAGUUAUGCCCUAAAGCUCCAGUUACGGCCGAGGUAAUAGAGAUGGCGGCAAGAAAUGGCGGAAAUGGAGCAGAGGUGAUAGUGUUCCUACUCGAGCGGCGAAACGAUUUGACGAUCAACGAAGAAGUGAUGGAAGCAGCAACUGGGAAUUGGAGCCAGGGAGAGAAAAUAACGGCCCAUCUUCUCGACAGAUUCCCACAGAUUCCCAUUACAGCAGCGACUGUGAAAUCUGCAGCUGGGAACAGAGGACAAGGGGUCAAACCGAUUUCCCUCCUGUUUGAGAAACGACAAAACAUUCCUGUCACAGAAGAAGCUCUGAGAGAGGCCAUAUCGAUCGGGGGCAAGGAAAUCACAGAAUUUCUAAUCUGUCAAUUGGGGACGGCGUUUCAAUGUUCAGAAGGAGUGUUUGCAGACAUCGCUAGUCGCUUUCCCGAGGAUACGAUGAAAAUAUUUCUGGACGCCCAACCAAAGGUGCCUAUUACAGAAGCUAUAGUUGCAGCAGCAGCAACUAACGGUUGGGGUAAAGAGAAAGUAGUCGAUAUCUUAUUUAAGAGCAGGGGAAUUCAAAUACCGAUUACGGAAACAGUGCUCGAAACAGCAGCAAGAAAUAGCAAAGUGUUAAAAACCAUUCUAACUAGAACUGGAAUAGCUAUUCCAAACUCAACAAGAGUGCUUAUACCAGCCGCAGAAUUCUGGAAUCCGAAAGAGCUCGCAGAUCUCUUCAACAAACACGACAUGCAGGUAACAGAGGGAGUGUUCGAAGCAGCAGCACGAAAUACUUUGGAUGGAGAAAAGGUGAUGGCAUAUCUCCUCAAGAAAAUCAAUAACAAGGCCUCGUUGAAAGACACGGUAUUCAAGGCCGCAACGAGGAACUGGGAAAAGGGGGAAAAGAUCAUGUCACUCCUUCUCGAGCGAGCAGGGUUAGACUUUGAAAUCCCCGAAGAGGUGAUUGCCGGUGUUGCUAGACAUUUCAGUCAUAAAUUGCUCUCAUCCCUACUCUGCAUAAAAGGGGUACAAAUUACGGGCGGGAUGGUUGAGGCGGCCGCAAACAAUACUUGGCAAGGAGACAAAAUGAUGAAACUACUGCUUGAAAAUUGGCGGCCAGAUCCUGCCAUUCUAGAUGCCGUGGUUGAGGCGGCAGCUAAGAAUACCGGGAAAGGCGACAAAAUCAUGGGAUUGCUGCUCAAAAAGCUACCGAAUAUCGAGAUGAAACAAGCCGUGAUUGAGUCAGCAGUGGGUAAUAUAGAGAAAGGACAAAAAGUAAUGAAAUGCCUACUGAAACACCAGAGAUUUGAGGUCACACCUACCGUGCUGGCGCUAGCGGCCGGGAAUCGUAAAUGCGGGACAGAACUCGUCAAACUUUUGCUUCAUCCGAGCCAGAUAAAAGAAUGCAAGACCAAGACCAAGACGCAUGAAUUACUCGCAAAUCUCAUCGACGAAAAGGUGAUCAGAACCGCAAUAAGGAAUAGGGGACAGGGAGAAGAGAUCGUACAGCUUUUACUUCAGAAGAGAGAGGGGCGGUACUUCCCAUAUCCGGAUUGUGUACUUGUUGAGAUUGCCGAGAGGCUCGGCGUGAGAGCGAUGAGUGUUUGUCUUGAAAGGUGGUCUGAGAUCCAAGUUACUGAGGAUGUGGUUAAAGCAGCCGCGAGGAACUUAGCAAACGGGAAGGAUGUAUUGGACCUGCUCCUUCAGAAAUGGCCAAACAGCGUUACAGAGGGUAUACUCAUAGCUGCGGCGGAGAACCACGUUCAAGGCGACACGGUCAUCGAAUGUCUUUUCAAGAAACUGGGCAAUGCACCAAUCACGGAACGGGUGCUGUUGGCUGCAGCGAAUAACUGGGGAAAGGGAGACGAAAUCAUCAUGCUCUUGCUCGGGAAAAAGAAUGCCAAAGUUCCCGUUAGUGAGGAAUUGGUCGCCAAGCUCGCCAAGAGCCGGAGUUCUAAGGUGAUAAAAAAAUUACUUCACGGGCAUAAUGCAGGAUUCUUUCUCAUUGAAGAAACUGGGAAUCGGAGUUCGCUGGAUGAGAAAUGUACUUCGACAGCUCCCACCAAGCAAGAGGGAAGCACCUGGCCAAUGAAGAUAGAAACUUCGUCAAUGACAAGACAAAAUGCGCAUGAUGGAGAUGACAGUGGGAAACAGACUCGGUCUGAGGUUCCCCUCUUGUGUUUACACUCUGAAGAGAUGGUUACGGUACCAUUGUUGGAAUGGAGCGAUAUUGUUGCUGAUCACCAAGAUCAACUGUCUGACUGGGUUGUUACAGAUGUCGAUCAUAUGAAGAGCUUCCACUUCUCUUCGGUCGAACAUGAAUUCCUCAGAUUUGUCAUUAAGCAGAGGGGUGUACUUAAUAACGAGUCUCAUUUCGUUUUCGCUGAGCGCAUGGUAGACAAAGAUGACGUUACCGUUGGCUGGAAACCCGUGAGACACCCCAAGCUUAUGGGAUGGUGGCUCAUGAGAUUAUUCAAGGGUUAUUUUGGUGAUGCUCAGCAUGGAGUACCGGGUUUAGCCAGUUCAUCCUCUGUCACCCGCUGGAAGGCCGUUGGAUAUUCGGGAUCCGAUUACUUGUGCCGCCUGCGGUUUGUGGAGCCCUUGCUGUCAGUUUCCGAGCUUCGUCACGUCUUGAUUAACUCGAGUUAUUUAGCACCAAAAUACUCUGCCACCUCCAACAACUGCUAUUGGUUUGCUUAUACAGUUUACGAGACGUUAAAAAAAGGGUGGCCAUGUUCGGAAUUUAGGAAUGAGUAUUACAAGCAUAGGAGUAUAUUUGCCGUGUUUAAGAUUAAAUAAUGAUAUGAAGCACUAUAUUCAAGCUGCAUAAAAGCUUUAAGUAUUAAGCAAUAUGGUGUGACGAACUUACACUUAGGUCCGUUAGAGUGUAGUAACUGGGGUCAUGAUUUUAGGUAAAUAGUAGCGAUAUGGGUUAAGUGUUAAUAUAAUGUUGUAAGUGUUUAUUAAAAAGGUGUUACGAGCCAACAGGCAACGAAGCCAUACCCAGUAUGGAAGCGGGGAUGUCAACCAACAGCGUUUCGGUUGAACCUCGGAUAUAUGGAUCUUAUGGAUCUUAUGGAUCUUGAGGAUCUUACUAAGAGAUAUAAGAUCCUUAAGAUCCCUAAGAACUAUAAGAUCCACGAUGCUUUUAAAAGAACUGUUGGUAGGUACGUACGUAUAAUAUAAAGCAAUAAACAAGUAAAUCAAAUAACAAUGGGGGUAAGACUGGUGUAUUGAUGAUGUCUAAGGAGGGAAGAAUCUAUCUGAG